UGCCAGGCUCCACUCCCCCCAGUGCCCUGUCUGAGGGCCCGCAGUGGCGCUCGGCUCAAUCCUUUUCGUUCCGGUGCCAACGCGGCCUAGAGGCUUGGGAGCGGCGGGCGGCCGGCCCUGCACGGGCCGUCUCGCGAGGCGGGGCGCUGGGCCCCUUCCGGGGAUGGGCCCCGGCGUUCGCGUUGGCCCGGCUCUGCCCCGGCUCCUCCCCGCUCGGGCGGGCGCUUUGCUGUGUCCCCGCCCGUCAGUUCGCCCGGCGGGGCCGGCCGCAGACGGGACCUGGGCAGUCGCACCGGGAGCGCUAGGUCCAGAGGCGUCUGCAGGCGUCAGCACUGCCGCUGGCCCGCGACGGGGCCCGGACGCCAAGGCGGCGGCACCAUGUUCUCCCUCAAGCCGUCCAGACCCACUUUCAGGUCCUACCUCCUGCCGCCGCCCCAGACUGACGAUAAGAUCGGUUCGGAACCGAAGAUUAAGAAACUGGAGCCAGUCCUUUUGCCAGGAGAAAUUGUUGUAAAUGAAGUCAAUUUUGUGAGAAAAUGUAUUGCAACAGACACAAGCCAGUACGAUCUGUGGGGAAAGCUGAUAUGCAGUAAUUUCAAAAUUUCCUUUCUUACGGAUGACCCAGUGCCAUUACAGAAAUUCCAUUACAGAAACCUCCUUCUUGGAGAGCAUGAUGUCCCUUUAACAUGUAUUGAGCAAAUUGUCACAGUAAAUGACCACAAGAGGAAGCAGAAAGUCUUAGGGCCCAACCAGAAACUGAAAUUUAAUCCAACAGAGUUAAUUAUUUACUGUAAAGAUUUCAGAAUCGUCAGAUUUCGCUUUGAUGAAUCAGGUCCCGAAAGUGCCAAAAAGGUAUGCCUUGCAAUAGCUCAUUAUUCCCAGCCAACAGACCUCCAGCUACUCUUUGCAUUUGAAUAUGUUGGGAAAAAAUACCACAAUUCAGCCAACAAAAUUAAUGGAAUGCCUUCAGGAGGAAGGAGCACAGCUGGUGGUGGCAGCAACCAGAAAACUCCACUGUUUGAAACUUACUCAGAUUGGGACAGAGAAAUCAAGAGGACAGGUGCUUCUGGGUGGAGAGUUUGUUCUAUUAAUGAGGGUUAUAUGAUAUCCACUUGCCUUCCGGAAUACUUUGUAGUGCCAAGUUCUUUAGCAGACCAAGAUCUGAAGAUCUUCUCCCAUUCUUUUGUUGGAAGGAGAAUGCCCCUCUGGUGCUGGUGCCACUCGAAUGGCAGUGCUCUUGUGCGAAUGGCCCUCAUCAAAGACCCUCUGCAGCAGAGGAAAAUCGACCAGAGGAUUUGUAAUGCAAUAACUAAAAGUCAUCCACAGAGAAGUGAUGUUUACAAAUCAGGUUUGGAUAAGACCUUGCCCAAUAUUCAAGAAAUACAGGCGGCAUUUGUAAAACUUAAGCAACUCUGUGUUAAUGAGCCUUUUGAAGAAACUGAGGAGAAAUGGUUAUCUUCACUGGAAAGUACUCGGUGGUUAGAAUAUGUCAGAGUCUUCCUUAAACAUUCAGCAGAGCUUGUGUAUAUGCUAGAAAGCAAACAUCUCUCUAUAGUCCUUCAAGAGGAGGAGGGAAGAGAUUUGAGCUGUCUUGUGGCUUCUCUUGUUCAAGUGAUGAUGGAUCCGUAUUUCAGGACAAUCACUGGAUUUCAGAGUCUGGUGCAGAAAGAAUGGGUUAUGGCAGGAUACCAGUUCCUAGAUCGAUGUAAUCACUUAAAGAGAUCAGAGAAAGAGUCUCCCUUAUUUUUGCUAUUUCUGGAUGCCACGUGGCAACUGUUAGAGCAAUACCCAGCUGCCUUCGAGUUCUCUGAGAUCUACUUAGCAGUGCUAUACGACAGUACCCGGAUCUCACUGUUUGGCACCUUCUUGUUCAACUCUCCUCACCAGCGGGUAAAGCAAAGCACAGAAUUUGCUAUUAGCAAAAAUAUACAAUUGGGUGAUGAAAAGGGCUUAAAAUUCCCCUCGGUUUGGGACUGGUCUCUUCAAUUCACAGCAAAAGACCGCACCCUCUUCCACAACCCCUUCUACAUUGGAAAGAGCACGGCUUGUGUGCAGAAUGGCUCUGGGAAGUCUUUCAAACGGACAAAGAAAAGCUACAGCUCCACACUCAGAGGAAUGCCAUCAUCCUUAAAGAAUGGACUCAUCAGUGACCAAGAAUUUCUUCCAAGGAGAAACUCAUUAAUACUAAAACUAAAGCCAGACCCACUUCAGCAUACCGACAGCCAGAGCAGUGACAUAGAGCAGUACUUUAGAGAGUGGUUUUCCAAGCCAGUCGACCUGCACGGCAUCAUUCUGCCACAUCUCUCCGGAACUUACAUAAAGCUGUGGAAGCUGUGCUACUUCCGCUGGGUCCCUGAGGCACAGAUCUCCCUUGGGGGCUCCAUCACGGCCUUCCACAAGCUCUCCCUCCUGGCCGACGAAGUGGACAUGCUUAGCAGGGUGCUGCGGCAGCAGCGGAGCGGCCCCCUGGAAGCCUGCUGCUCAGAGCUGGACCAGAGCAGGAUGUAUUUCAGAGCCCACGGCCCGCACGACACCUCGGAGAUACCAGCGUUUCUCUCCUCAUCAUUUCCGUUUUCUCCUGUAGGGAAUCUCUGCAGACGAAGCAUUUUAGGAACGCCAUUAAGCAAAUUUUUGAGUGGGGCCAAAAUAUGGUUAUCUACUGAAACACUAGCAAAUGAAGACUAAUGUAGCAUUUUUUGAACAUUUGGAGGGAAACUAAAUUUUUCCCUCCGAAUUGAAAUUGCUAACUUACGCAUUUAAAACUGAUAAUUUCAUAUGUAAGAAUGAUAGUUGAAAUUUGCACUAAUAUUUAAGAACAUGUUGAAUCAUGUUUCCUUUCAGUUAUUUUAGGAGAAAUGUAAUUUUGGUUUUUUAUGUCCUUCUGUCAUUACAGAUCU